AUGGCAACGCUGACGCAUGAGAACCUGGUGCAAUUGCUGGGGUUCUGUGUGGACAUGCAGGUGGAGAGCGGGUGGCAGGAACAGGUGUUGGUGUACGAGUAUGUGGGCAAUGGUGACCUCAAGCACCACAUCCACCACGCCAAGUGUACGCUUCUAACCGUGUGGGUGGAGAGUGGGCGGCAUGAGCAGGUGCUGGUGUACGAGUAUGUGGGCAAUGGGGACCUCAAGCACCACAUCCACCACGCCAAGUGCCCCUUGACCUUCCACCAGCCCUUGAGAAUCGCCCUGGGGGCAGCGGAGAGCCUGGCAUACCUGCACAGCUUCAGCACGCCCAUUGUGCACCGCGAUGUGAAGCUCGCCAACAUCCUCGUCACCCACUCGCUGGCCGCAAAGCAACUCAUAUAG